AUGAAGAGAGGAUAUGUGUCUUGUGAGGGGAUGGAUUUUGAUAGAGAGGAGCUUUAUGAGUCUGCUGAGGAUAGAGAGGCACUGAUGAAAAUGCCAGAAACAAGGCGAGAGGAGAUUCUGUAUGAGAGGCAUCUGGAGCGGCAAAAGCUUAGGGAGAAAAGGGAGCUUGAAGAGAAGAUGUGCAGAGGAGGUAAGAAGGAAAUUGCGAGGAUGGUGGAUGAGGAUGGUGGCAAGGAUGUGUGCAAGGAAGAGGAUGGCGAUGAGCGUGAGUUUCUGGAGUUUUGUGGCUGCAUUGUCAGCAGAGAUAUGAUUGCAAAGAAUGUGUUUAAGCCAUUUUUUGAAGGGUUUGUGGGGCAUUUUACAAGAGCAAGGAUAAAUGGGCUGUAUGUAGUUGUUAAGAUAGUAGGAGUUAGCAAAGGCGAGGUAUAUGGGAUUUGGAUGAAGGGGCAGGAGGUGAAAACAAACAGGUACUUGGAUGUAUUUACCGGAACGAAGACCUAUGUACGGUUUAAGAUUGAGAAUGUGAGUAAUUCGCCACUGCUGAAAGAGGAGUAUGAAGAUGUGUGGAGGACGUUCAAGAUAGGGUCGGUAUUGAAGGUUAAAGAGUGCUAUGACGAGCUGGAAAGGAUGAUGGGCAAGGAGCUGAGCGAUGACGAAAUAACGGAGAUGAUCAAAUGUAAGGAGGAGGUGCAUCCUCGGAAGCGAAGUGUAGCACACAUGAAGAUUGAGUUGAUACAGAAGAGAGACAAGGCGAUUGAGCUCAAAGACAAGAAAGCUGCAAUGGAGUAUCAAAAGCUGAUUGAGGAGAUUGAAGACCAAGUCAGCAGGGACAUGGUUAAGCGACGAGAGUAG